UCAUUGCCCACCAAAAUCCAAAAAUCGAAGAGUACAUUGUCAAAUAUACCUUUGCUUCUCCAAUCCCGAUGCCCUCAUUUCUCUCCAAAUCCUUCCUUCGUUUGCCCCCCAAAUCCCCUCGCAUCUUCCGCCACUCUCCCAUGUCCACUCUCCCCACCAAACGUCGGCUCCGCGGCGUCGUUUUCGACAUGGACGGCACUCUCACCGUCCCCGUGAUCGACUUCGCUGCAAUGUACAAGGCUGUCCUCGGUGACGACGAGUACAAGAAGGUCAAAGCUGAAAACCCGUCCGGGAUUGAUAUUUUGCACCACAUUGAGAAUUGGAACCCCGAUAAGCAGCGAAAAGCUUAUCGGAUUAUUGCUGAUUACGAAAAACAGGGCCUUGAUCGCCUCCAAAUCAUGCCUGGUGCAGCAGAGCUUUGUGGUUUUCUUGAUGCAAAGAAAAUAAGAAGGGGACUAAUCACUCGCAAUGUCAAAGAAUCAGUUGAUCUGUUUCAUCAACGGUUUGGGAUGAUGUUUUUUCCAGCACUCAGCAGGGAGUUUCGUCCUUAUAAACCAGACCCUGCUCCUCUGCUACAUAUCUGUUCUGCUUGGGAAGUUCAACCAAAUGAAGUUAUGAUGGUUGGUGAUAGUCUUAAAGAUGAUGUGGCUUGUGGGAAACAAGCGGGAGCAGUUACAUGCUUGCUUGAUGAAAGGGGGAGGUAUAUCUCUCAAGAUUUUGCCAGAUUGGAUCUAACACCGGAUUUCAAGGUGUCUUCCUUAAAUGAAGUUUACUCCCUUCUGGAAUCCAGUUUUGACCUCACACCCUGAUUUCCAAGUCCAUGGUUGAUAAAUGGUUUUAUACUUCAUGGAGUAGCUGAUAGUUGUGCUUUAUCUAGUGAAAAUCCUACACUAGAUAAGA